AACUAGAAGUUGGGAUGGGGAUGGUCAUGAAGUUGUGGCAUGUUGGUCAUGGGAAAGAAACGUACCGUAGUAGAAAACUCUGAUUAGGGUUAGACAAAAGAAGAGAUUUCCAAGUUUUCGCUUUCGACCUCUCCUCCUUUUGGAGGCCAUGGGAAUAUCACAAAGAUGUACUUCGUAGUUUCUGCUUUGCUAUCGAAAAUGGGUUUUCAGACAGUGCUGACAGAGUUUCAAAGAAAAGCUAGUUACCUCCACGUCCUCUUUGGUAUCCUGAUUGCAUCAAGGCUCCAUAUACUUGCCAAGGCAGAAUGUGGGUCUUUUGGCUGUUCUCUAACCGCGGUCGAUAUCAUCUAUGACGAGUCCGCCAGAGAAGCGCUGUCCAUUUUGCGACAAACAGAUCCCAAGAAGAACAGCCACGACGAAGGAACCAAUGGGGAAUACAUUGAUAGCCUGAAGCUAUUGGAUCAGAGGAGCGAAGCUUUGUCAAAGCUGGAAAUCGCGGGCGACGAAUCGAAGACUACCCUAACUCUGCGGGGAUAUAAGGGCGGGAGAUUGCAAGAUCAAAUCAAUCAAGAUCGAGCUAUGGUGGUUUCACCAAUGGACAUUCUCACCAAUUCAUCGAAGUCAACACCUAUAGUUCAGUUGUUAGGAGUUUUCGAUGGGCACGGAUCAGGGGGGGAGAAAACGUCGCAGUACGCGGUGGAACAGAUCCCUUCUCUGCUGGCAACGAAGUUGGGCGCUAUUUUCCGGAACGAAGACGACAGAGAAUCACGGAAGCAAGAAAACCUUAUUGCUGAAAGCGACUCUCCAGUCGUAGAAGCCCUUAAAGAAACAUUUGACGAAGUCGACAAGAACGAUCCUACCCGAGGAGAUGCGGGGUGUACAGCAACUGUGGUCUUGCGAGUGGGGAAAAAAAUAUUUAUUGCGAAUGCAGGAGAUAGGUAUGUUUGGUUUGUUGGUCUCAGUUUUCUAGCCAAUGGCAAAUGACUCAACGUGGUCCUCAACCUGUAUAUCAACGAAAUAGUGUGAGUUUCAUCGGGAUCUACAUUACAGGUGAAUCAAUAUCAACCCACUUGCAGAAACAGGUUCAAAUCGUUUAUCAAUCAAGAGAAGAUAAACCGGACUUGCCUGAUGAGAAAGCAAGAAUCGAAGCAGCAGGAGGGUAUGUCAGUAUCCCGCCGGAUGACAAUGGUGAUGUUUCCAGAGCCUAUUACGUCGAUGAACAUCGACGAUUGCGAUACGGCUUGGCCAUGAGCAGGAGUCUUGGAGACUGGAAAGUACAAGGAGUGAUGUAAGAUGAAAACGAGCAGUAUUUUUUUUCGCUACCAUUUUGGACUGGAUUGAUUGCAAUGCUGUCAGGUCCGAAAAACAGCAACCACUAAACUUGAAUUUGUUCUCUAUUUCGAUGCAUUUAGUGCCGAACCGAUUGUUGACGUUCUGACUUUAGACGAGGUCGUCGAACAGGCUUUGUCAACGUACGCUAAAGCUUGCGGUAGCAAAAUUGAAGAAAGUGAAGAAUUUGGGGACGAAAGUAACGGAUCUUGUCAUGUUGUAGACGAAAGCGACAUUCACGCCUUUGCGGCCUCAAUAUCUGAUGGCAUGAUGGAUUAUUUGAAUACGAAUGACAUCGGCCAGGCCUUAGCUGAGGCGUUCUUUGACAGCGAAAACAGCUCACACCCCCAUUCGGCAGCGGAGAACCUUAUUACGAGUGCUGCAAUGGGUUGGGAAGGAGAAUUCAAUGGACAAUAUAGAGAUGAUAUCGCAAUUGCUUCCUUCAUAGUUCCACUUAGGUGAAAACCAAUUGGCUAAUUCCGCAUAUUGAAAAAGAAUAUCUUGAUAAGAGUUCUGUCGUUUCGAACGCUAGAUAUUUGUUCAUAAUUUAAUGUUAUCAAGAAAUUGAUUUUAUGUGAAGUAUAAUAUUCGAUCGAUCUUGUAAAUGCUGCAGAUAAAGAAUAAUUCAUUUCAAGCUUCAGUCAACAUUUUCUUUGGGUCUAUUGAUGAGCUCCCGUCGGUCAAGAAAUAAUCCGCCUUUUGUUCAUGCCCUGUAAUAAAUAAAGAAUGGUCCUGCGCAACGUAUUUCUUCCACGAAGGAAUUUUUUCCAACUCGAGUUGAAACUUCAUGCCGUACCCUGGGUCCUGCGUUAGAAGCUUUAAGAGCUCGACGGCGUGGACCUUCACAGAAGCUGGGUCCUUGACUCUUGAUAAGUGGGCAUUUUCCAGCACAGACUCGAUCAAAUAUUUUGGAAGAUCACAUCGCAACGCAGACUCGAGUAGGGCUCUACGCCCAUCUGCACAAUUUGGGGCACCUUGAACUGUUUCAGCUGCUUGUGCUGCCGUAACGGUUGGUGAUAAUAAUGGGGUUCGGGCGUCUAUACCACGUCCUUCGUUCGAAGGCAACUGAUUUUGAUGUCCUGCUUGUUGAUCAUCCUGGCUCUGCUGAUUAUCAUCCGCCACAGUUUCGACAAUUGGAGCAACUGAUUCUACCAAACGUCGGUUGUAUACUUCUUCAGUUUGACUAUGUUGGAUUUUUGGAGGCUGCUGAAACAACUGGGUUGCAAUACCAUUGCCAGACACUCGGGUCUGAACCUGAUUGCUCGGUUGUAGACCCGCAUUAUUCAUCGUAAUACUUUCAUUGGCUCUCAUUUUAAGAGAUGAUUUGGCAGGUGGUGAGAGAUGAUACUGCCCACUUUGGACUUGGUUUGAUACUGCCGACGUUACGUUGUAGCCAGUGCCUGAUGGCAUUGAUGUUUGAGCUACAUUCCCUUGACGCACUUGCUGUGUCAAAGGCGUUUGACUCGACUGCAAAGUUUGAGCUGAACCCUGCCAACUCUGUCGAAUGUUCGUAUUGCUCGGUAGGAUCUGGGCCUGAGAGGUUGCAUUGUAACUUGUUUGAGAUCUACUAUCAUAUAUUGAAUCUGCACCUUGUCCAACGAAGAUUUCCCUCGAUGCCAUCGUUGCCGCAUAUUGUUGUUGCCUAUGAUUGAAUUCAUGAUUAUUGCCUUGAGAAGUAUACAUGUUUUGUCCCAUACUCACAUUGGGUUGAGAAUACGAUCCAGGAACAGAUUGAUGUUGAAUAUUUGGUUGAGAAUUAGAGGCUUGUUGUGUAAUGUUCAUAUUCGGUUGAGAGUAUGAAGUAGCGACGAAUUGCUGUUGGCCACUUGGUUGAGAAGCAUAUGCUGGUUGUGCCAUGGUUGUAGUUGGUUGGGAGUACGAAGUAGCAACAGAAUGCUGCUGUACAUUUCGUUGAGAAUUCAAUCUUUGCUGAAAAACACUUGUACGCUGUUGGCUAUACGAAGCACCAACGGGUUGCCUUUGCUGCUCCGAUUGACUGCUCGCAUAUUGUUGGCUAUGUUUCUGAUUUUGCGGUGUCUGAUAAUGUUGUGUACGAUACGCCUGCUGGGCUCCCACAGAGCUUUGAAGACUCCAGAAUCCUGAGUUGCUUUUCUGACUAGAAGGAAUUUGAUUUCCUGUCAAAUGUGUGCUGUUGGUGUUUCCAAUAUGAGCUUGAGUAUAACUCUGAGAUGCGUUUGCGUAUGGUCCUGGUUGUUGACUUAUCGAAGGCGUCGGCAUCGGAGCCAUUCCCAUUCCCAAACCAAGGGGGUCGUCUCCUGCGCUAACACGAACACGAUUUCGUGAUACUGGACCUUCUCCUGGAGCUGGUGAUGGAGCCAUAGCGUUAUUGUAGCCAACAACUGGGUUUGGCAUCUCGAACUUGAUACCCGUUUUCUUAAGUUCAGCAGCCUUUUUUAGAUCUCCAAGCGCCUCCGUGAAUAUCUUUUUCAGCAUUUCGAGAAUGAAGCCAGCAUCAGGGUGGAUGUUUGUGUCUCCUAUAGUUCUUAUGGUAAAGGCUACAAUUCCAUGCGCCGUGUCGUUUGUCCCAGAUGCGAUGAGCGAUUCAACGUUUACUCGACUGUUGGCAGCAACAUGAACCACCCGCAUCACACUUAAUAAAGGAUAUCCAAGCAAAUUCCGACAUAACAUUUUUUCAAGAAAUUUCAAACACCGCGACAUGUAACCCCAUUGCGCCAACUUGUCACAUAGAUUUGGUCGAAUCUUACACAAGUAAACAAUUGCAUCUGUAACAGGCUGGAGUUUGUCCUGACUCCCAAUUACAAUAUCUGUUGAAACCUUCUCUUCACCAUUGUAUUCAUUAUCAGUGCACAUUUGGAGCUCAUGGGUCCAUCGAAGUAACAAAGCUUCAAGAAAUGAAGUUGGGUCACGUAUACUGAAGGUCGGCUCCUUCAAGAAUCUACCCACAUACACACCUCCAAUGAAAAGCUCGUCUUCAAGUUUCGUGAAGUUCACCCUCACUCCGGGUUUCAUAUUAUAAUGUUCACUCCAACUUCCACUAUCAUGACGAAGUUGAAUGCAAGAGUCAAGUUCCAGCCCUGCAACUCUUUGGAGCUCUCCGCGCAUUGAGCUAUCCCAGAUCAGCUCUGGUGAAUCGCUUUCGCCAUCAAAAAGAUUCAACAUUGCAU